AUGUCACAGCCCAACGAUACGGAGUAUACACUCCAAAGCGAGUCACUGCGAAUUUUCAACCAAAUCGUCGAAGACAAACGCCUGCAUAUACCUGACAAAGUCAAAGAUCUAGCACAUACCGUCAAGUUUGUUGGAGAUGAAACUCAGCCAUUCGUUCCAGUUCCGUUCAAGUGCACAGAGGCUCAGGCCAGCAUUAUUGGUGCGGUGGGCCUGUUCGCCAAUUCCAUUGGCAAAAUGCGCUAUGGGAUCGAACAAGAGGUCCAAGUGGACGUUGACCACGCCAUGUUAGCUGGGCUUGCUGCCUGUUUUUGCCGCCAAGAUGGCCAAUUGAUGGCAAGCAGUAAGGCCCAUUAUGCAGCUGUCGAGCGUUGGGACCAUGGCAAGACAAGGGAAAUGUAUCGGCAGUUGGCCACGAACAUCUAUCAAACGAAAGACGGUCGUUGGUUCCAGUCACAUGGAAGCAUGGAUCCGACGCCAUUGCUCAACAUGUUAAGCCUGCCACAACAUGACGAGGAGGACCGAGAUCUUCCGGAGAUUAUCGAAUUCUACAAGAAUGUGAUACAGAAAUACGACUCGGAGACCCUGCAGCAUUACAGCAAUAAUGUCUACAGAACUCCCGGUACCAUAUGCUACGAGAAGGAGGAAUUUUUGGAGUUACCCCAGGGCAAAGCGAUCAAAGACGAUGCAUUGUACAACAUCAGCUCGCCGGUAUACUACACCCAGCCCCCAGCAGCGUGGCCCAGUACCGACUCCAGCGACCCAAGACCCUUGUCUGGGAUUAGGAUCUUGGAUCUGUCACGAGCAAUUGCAGCGCCAACAAUGGGCAAAUUCCGUGCAUCCCUGGGAGCAACCGUCAUCCGAGUCGGAUGCGAAACGCUUUCCGAACUUCCUAUGACGCUUCUUGACGGAUGCACGGGAAAGAUCUGUGUCGAUAUCAAUCUGAAAACAUUCGAAGGUCGAAAGAAGCUCAUGGAGCUGAUUGAAGACGCGGAUGUCUUCAUCGAUGGCUACCGUCCUGCAACCUUGGAGCAUCUUGGUUUCGGACGAGAUGCUGUCCUCGGGCUCUGUGCUCAACGAGACCGGGGGCUGGUAUAUGUCCAGGAGAAUUGCUAUGGGUGGCAGGGUCCUUGGAGUACUCGACCUGGCUGGGCGCAGAUUGCCGAUUCGGUCUCCGGCGUUGCGAUUGAAAUUGGACGAUUCCAUGGCUAUGACGAGGCACAGAUCUUCCCUGGUCCAAAUUCUGAUUAUCUCACCGGCCACGCAGGGGUACUCGGCAUCUUGCAUGCUCUGAUUCAGAGGAACGAGCUCGGUGGCUCAUACGUUGUCCAAUGCUCCUUGGUGGUAUCCAAUUUGCAGCUUCUCAGCUAUGGUGAGUAUUCUAAAGAACAACUUGAUGCCCUGAAAAAGAGAAACCCGAAGACUAUGGGCCAGAUCCGACAUUACGAUGAAAUUCUUUCUCAAGCGAAGAAGCGAUACACCAACGCUGCGUUCAUGGCCGAUCGAUCAGAGGAGGCAUGUAUGAAGAAGGAAUUCUUUCAGGCAAUUGAUGGCUAUCCAUGGGGUCUGGGACCUUUGGAAGUGGUUGCCACUCCGCUCAAGAUGAGCGAGACACGAACGGAUUUCCGACUUGGCCCUUCACCUCCGGGAUACCACUUGCCACAAUGGGAGGUGGCCAGGAAUGCGGAUUUCAAGCCUCUUCCACAGACGCAUUAG